AUGCCGGGCGUGCUCGCCCGAGAGGAUUUGCAGUCCGAGGACAGCAAGAGCGACCCCGGCAAGGGCUGUGGCCUGCCAGUCGCCACGUUUGAAGAGCUUGUCCACGCGGUGCUCCCACCUCAAGACGCGGACCUUGCGUCCGUGCAUCUGGUUGCCCUUGUUUUGCUGGGCCCUGUCCCGGAUCCAGUUGUAGUUUCUGUGCUCCAGAACCCUGUGCGUCACCCGGUCGCGGUCGUAGUCGCCCAGGCGUGCAACGUGACCGGCCCAUGUGAAAACGUGUUCGAAGUAGGUUUCGUCCCAGUCCCGGAAUGCAAAGUCUUCCUUCACUCGCUUUAUGCUCUGCCCGAUUCGCUGCAUGAAUGCUUCCGGAGCGGCAUCAUCUUCCUGAGCAGCCCCCGCAGUGUCGAGGUCUGCUUGACAGUCAGGUUCCAGCUCCCACUGCACCAGAAGAGCGACGUAGACACCAGAGAACGCAAGAGCUUCAAGCGCGCCCAGAUAGGGGGGCCAGUCGCACCCACAGAGCCGGCGCUCAUGGCGGCCCGGGCUCAUGGCGGCUUCGAGCGCCGGCGCUUCGGCUGGACGCCCGCGCAGCGGGCCGCGGAAGGCUUGGCGGAGGCUGGAUGCGGGGCGCCGCGGGUGACCCUCGAGCUUGUCCACCCGGCGAAGCAGAGUGGGCGACAUUUCGGCAAGGCGACGCAGGUGACGGCCAUAGUGCCUCAGUCCGCAGAUCGGGGUCCCAGACCGAACCCAGUGCUACAGCACAGUGUCCCCGUAGGCGCGGACGCGGCACCCCCGGAGGCGCGGGCGCCGCGCCCCGCGGCCACGCCCAGCGGCGGCUGCUGCGGCAGCGCGGCGCGGUGGCGGCUGCAGGCGCCCGUGCAGCCCAGCGGCGGCGCCACCGCCAGCUCGCCGUCGAAGGCGAGGCCAGGCGCGGCGGCACCACGCGGCGGCGCCGCGGGGGGGGCCUGCGGCGAGGAGCGGGCGAAGCCCAGGGAUCAGGCGGUGCCGAAGCGGACGUGCAGGAAAAGGUACACCUCGGACAGGACGGCGCGCUGGGCUUCUCGAAGCAGGCGUUCGAGGUGCUAGAGACGAAGUGCCCCGUCUUCGCCGAGCCCGACCUCUCCUCCAGGAAGGUGGGGUCGAAGUCCCGGGGCGGCAACGUGUGGGCCGCAGAGCUCACCGUCGACGGCUGGGUCCGGCUGCACGGAGAGCGAGUUGCCCCGCCCAGCGAUGGCGUUGUCAAGCUGAAUUACCAGGAC